UUUCACACAGGAAACAGAGCGGCAAUUGCCGGCAGUGAACUUUUGAACAUGGUCCUGCUCAAACUGCUCAUAUUCACUUUAACUUUUUAUGAACUCAUUUUUUAUUUGGAUGCCAAGAUUUGCCCUAAAGGUUGGAAAGUAAAGAGAGUUGGCAGAGGGGAGUCUUGUGAAAGCUGCCCGGAUGGCAACUAUCAGGAUGAAGAGAAUACUUCCCAAAACUGCAAACCUUGUAUACCGUGUGAUCACACGACGGGAAGUGUUCUUAAAAAGAAGUGCACAAAAGAGACAAACACUGAAUGUCAGUGCAGUAGGGGAUUUGUUCGCUAUGAUGAUUCCAGUUGCAAAUGUAACAAGGGAUUUGGACUAAAACGUGGAGAGCAACCAGAAUGUUCAGAAUGUGAAGAGGGAUUUUUCAGCUCAAGUAUCAACUCACAGUGUCAAAAAUUGAAAGAAUGUAAAUCAGGAGUGAAGUUUGCUGGAAAGAAGAACUCAGAUGUCAUAUGUAAUGUGGACAGUUACACUACACCCACCACAUCAAACGAAAGAGUUUCUCUACUCACAAGAUUAACAUCCCACCAUGGGGGGGACAAAGCUACUGCCACUAACAUCAAGACCACCACUUCCAGCAUCAGCACCACAGCUCCUCCAGGACACACAAGGGACAAAGAGCCCCAUUUACAUCCAUUUGCUGGUGCAGGUAUGGUCCUCAUCAUAAUUGGAAUUAUUGGAUUGCUUGUACUGACCGCUGUGACCUGCAAGCUGCGCUUUAAUCCUAAACCUGCAGUAACAAAAAGUGACUCAUUGUGUCGGAGCCCAGUGGAAGAAAGCGGGGAUGACAGUCAGUCUUCUCUCAAACUGAAUCCAGAGGAGCCCUGAGGACUCAAAUGAAUCUGCAUACUUGACUGUGAACUUUUACGAUCAGAUAAUCAUCAUAGGAAUCGUUGCAAACUGAUCACUUUUAAGAAUUAUUGGUAGGAAUACAUCAGAAAAUCUAUUACUGUAUAUUUAUUGUAGCGUUCACAAUCUGAAGUAUGGUAUAUAUAUCUGACUUUCAUUGGUUAGAUCUUGUAAUUUGAUUGAAAGAUUUGUAUAAAUCCAUACAGGGUUGAUCAUCCAUACCUAAUCAAUUUAUAGAUAAAUAAUAACAGGUAGUUUUUACUUGGAUAAAUACCUCACUAAAUACGUUAUAGUAUUUUGUAUUAUCAACCUCUGUUGUUUCAUUCUAAAAUGUAUGUUUUAAUGUUUUCUUAAACUGUAUCGUGCUAUAUGCAACGUUUUUGAAUGGGGCAAGUGACAAGUGUCUGAGAAAUAUACAAUAUGAACAGUAUUGUAGUAACAAUCAAUACCAUUGAUUUUGAACUGCUGGAGAGCCAUAGGAAAAUAUUUACCGUUUUCAUGCUGUUUUUCUGUGUCUAUUUUUGUCAUGCUUUGUUAAUUCAGAUCUGUUCCACCUGUAUAGCUUUGCAAAGCUGAGAACAGUCAAAACGUGCAGUGUGUGGGGGUUGGGGGAAUUCCCCUUGUGGAUCAUAAUGCGCCUCUUUUUCCCACUAAGAGAUACUUCCUGUCAUGUUUUAGUUUCAGCCGUUGAAAAGACUGAUGUAAAUGUAAAUGUGAAGACUUUCAUGUUUUUUAUACCUCACUGGAGACUUUCCCCAAAACAGUGCAGUCAGAGGAGAAUUGAAAGCAUAUUCUCAAUAUUUCUAUUCACUUUGCUAUGAAAUCAGAUAAACUACUUUGCUGGCUUUA